UGGGGCAAGUCCCCAGAAGUCUGUAUGAAUUAACUCAAGCACCAAUGCUAAAAACAAUGUAACAAACUCAUUAUAACCACAAACAGAAAAUUACAAUGCUAAAAACAAUGUAACAAACUCAUUAUAACCACAAAUUAAAUGAUUAACACCAAUUACUAAUUAGCAAGAGCUGAUUCCUUAGCAGAGUCGUUCUCUUUUUGGUCAAACCAAACAUCACCAUCAACAUGGGAAUAGAAUCAUAUAUACUAUUAUAUAAUUGCGAAGCCAGCCACCAGAGCUAUUCCCGCUGCUUCGUAGUUAUUAAUAAUAAUUUCACUGGCAAUUAAUAAGGUCAACUUAAUUGUCCAAUAAUAUUUGAGAAGCUUCAUCUCAACUUGUAAUUAAGAUCGAUCACAUUUUGAAUCAUGUUAUUAAGUGGAAGCAUGGAUGGUAGUGAUAAUUAAAAAAAUAUAAUCGUUCUGUCAUUAUUAUUUGGAUCAAUUUAGUCAACUCAUGUAAUUAUGUCUUAACUAGCAUUUAGUAAGUUGAUCUUAAUACGGCUGUUGCUCUAUUAGGAACACAAUUACAAGCAUUGUUGUUCGAUAGAACUAGCUAGUGAUAAUAUGGCUUGUUGUGGCUGCGAAGAAAUUGUCUCAACUAUAUUGAAACAAUGCCUAAAACUAGUUUUGAAGAUUUGUAUAGAAGAGAUUAACCAAAAUCUGAUUAAGCCCACUUGCAGAUUCAGUGCAGUAACCAUUAAUCUGGAGGCUAGUCUUUUGGAGGUUGAAAGAAAGAUCAUUGCCGCAGAGAAAGUUCAGCUCCAAUACAUUUUUAAAUACUUGGUGAAUUCUUCAGAAAAUGAAUCUGCAGAGCACGUGUUGAAGAAUUGGUUUCCAGAGCUGAAACGUUUCUACUACGACAUGUAUGAUUUGGUGGAUAAGUUGAGAACAGCCAAGCUCAUGUCACAGAUGGAGAGUGAAGCCGCUUCCAACAACAACGUCUGCUGCCUUAAAUUUCACCGUCUCAGUCUGCAUCGACAAAUCAUUUUAGCCAUGAAAGGCCUAGGUGUGAAUUCAGAGCAAUUUAUGGUGGAUGCAGAUAAAUGGGCGUACGAUCCGAACUCAGUUAAAGAAUCCAUUUGGCUUUUGAAGGAAAUUCCAUACUCAUCGGAAGCUACGGAUGUGAUUGGUCGAGAUUCAGACAAGCGUAUUUUGAUAAGUAAGCUGGAAAAUAAUGUUGACAAUACAACAAUUUCUAUUUGGGGAAUGGGUGGAGUGGGGAAGACCGCUCUUGCCCGUGAUGUAUAUAAAGACGGCUAUGUGACAAGCAAGUUUGAUAAAAUGAUUUGGGUUUCUGCAACAAAUAAAUAUGACUUGGGUCCAAUAAUGGCAGCCAUUAUGGAAGCUCUAGGACAACCUGCUGUAUUUUUAGAAAUAGAAAAUUCAGUAGCUUCAUUUAUCGAGAAGGUAAAGAGAAAAAAAUUGUUUCUUGUUUUAGAUGAUGUAUGCCUACACUUAGAGGGCAGUGCUGGAUUGAACCCGUGGCGGCGACUAAUAAGUGCUUUUAUGACCAGUAGUCCAUCAAGUAGAAUUUUGGUGACAACGCAAAAUUACCAGGUGGCAAACAUGUUUGGAGCUGACAGAAUGAUUCACCUUGAAUUGUUGUCUGAAAAUGAUUGUUGGUCCAUAAUAAAUUCGGUAGCCUCUCUUUCAGAUGCGGAAAUCAACAGCCAAUCAGGAGACAUUCGUUCAGAGUUAGAGCGCAAAUGCAGCGGUUCGCCUCUUGUUGCAAGCAUUUUGGCUAACAAAUUGCUCGGCGAAACAACUACACAAGGUUGGGAGAGAGUUUUGCAAAGUGAAAUAGGAACAAAAGCAUUUGUUCCGUUUUUGCACAACUACUAUCAUUUGACUCGUACUCAACAGCUUUGUUUCUCUUACUGUUCAAUUUUUCCAAAAAGCUACGAGAUUGAAAGAGAAGAUGUAGUGGAGUUGUGGAUGUCACAAAGCUAUUUCAGAGAUAUGGGUCCUGAUGGAUCAAGUGGUCUAAAGUGCUUCAAUGAUCUAGUAGAUGCAAGUUUGUUUCAACAUUGUUCAAGAGAUUACGCUGGAAACAUCAUCAAGUGCAAGAUGCAUUUGUUGGUGUAUGAGUUCGUACAAUUUCUCAUAGACCGUGAACAUGUUGAGCGAAAUGACACUUUGGUAUUGGAAGCACUAGAUCACACCUUACGUCCGACACCGUGGAAGAAUGUAAAGACAUUACGAACACUCUUUGUUGUGCCAACAAUAGAUCGGGUGAAUUCUGCUCCGCCUCCUCUGAGAUGUGAUGUUUUGGUGAAGCUUACUUGUCUUAGGACAUUAAACAUGAGUCAUUGCAACAUUAAGAAACUACCAGACAAGAUUGGAGACUUAGUGCAUCUCCGAUAUCUAAAUUUAUCAGGUAAUCCUUUGAAAAAAUUACCUAAUGGAUUAUGUUAUUUGCUUAAUUUGCAAACAUUGCGACUGAAAGGAUGCAAAAAUCUUAAAAUGCUACCAGAAAAGAUAGGAAAUUUGGCCUUAAACUUCUGUCAUUUGUAUAUCGAAGGAUGCCAGACAUUGACGGCAUUGCCCAAAGAGAUUAGAAAAUUAACAUGCCUUCGGGUGCUGGAUAUGUUUGUUGUACCUUCCCCUGAGUAUCUACAAAACUAUGAGGCAUUGAUGCUUGAGGAUUUGAACCAGUUACCAAGUAUUCAAGGGAAUUGUCAUAUAUAUUGGUGCGGAAAUCUUGAAAAUGUACCUGCUCCUAGAUUAAGCGAUAUCAAGUUUGUCAGUGUGAAGUUGAAUUUCGAAGACAGCGGCCAAAGAAGAUAUGAGGACCAUGCCGACGAAGACAUACUCAAUACUCUGCAGCCACAUGUAGGAUUGAUGUCUCUAGAGAUCAGAGGAUCUAGAGGCUUACAAUACCCGAAUUGGAUAAACUCGCUGAAUUGUUUGAGAAGUAUUGUACUAUGUGGUUGCCGAAAUUGGCCUACAUUGCCUGCAUUGGGAAAUUUACCAUCACUUGUGUCACUUCGAAUAGAAAACAUGAGUAGAGUGGCAAAUGUGAAUCUUCAGUUCUUGGGAACAGAGUAUAAUAGUAGAGGAGAGAGAUCAAUAUCAUUUCCAAAGUUAAAAGAACUACAUUUUGCUUCCUUGCCUAGUUGGGGAACGUGGGAAACACCCAAUAACAGGGACAGAGUAGUGAUGCCUUGCCUUGCUUCUUUGCAACUUUCAGAUUGUGUCAACCUUGGUGAACUACCAGACUUCCUCCAAAGAAUGACACAACUGCAGCAUUUAACCAUCAAUAAUUGUACAAUUGUCAGCCAACGUUGCAUUGCAGGCCCAAGAGUGGAUUGGCAUAAGAUUUCUCAUGUCCCAAAUAUCCAAAUCGAUGGACAAACACCAAAUCUGUGUGGGAAUGAUCCCAUAGGUAGACCACAAAGACCACCAAGGUCACAUCGAUUGGUGGAUAUUUAUCAUCCAAUUUUCAUUUUUAUUUCUUUUCUACUUUUUAUUUUUGUUUUUGUAUCUUCGCAAAGUAGACAAAUAAUGUUGUUGUUAUCUAAUUUAUUUAGAUUAUAGGUAAGGGUUGGGUGAAAUGAAGUCGGCAUACUAGUACUACCUAUAGAAGUAGUGCAACUUCUAUCUAGGGUAUAUAUUAUAUGUAUUGUUAUUUAGCAAAACCUUAUGUUAAAGCUAAGACGAAUUGCCUACUUA